CAAAUGUUAAAAAAAUAAUAAAUCCAUUACAAUGACUGCCCCUAGUGUUAGUUUAAUCGUUUUAUUUGUUUUUUGUCUGAGUGAAGCAAUAGGAAAUGUGAUAGUUGAAACUAAAUCGGGAAAGAUAUCUGGUUUAGAAGUGAAAUCAAUAUUUCCCGGUGAAAAAUAUUAUUCAUUUUUGAGUAUACCAUAUGCUGAACCGUCCAUUGGAGAUUUAAGAUUUAAGGCACCAGUGCCUCAUCCAGGAUGGGAAGAUGUUUUGGAAGCAAAAAAAUUGCAAAAAUCUUGCGCACAGUUGAAUUCACCACAAAGAAGAAUUAAACGUUACGGAUUUACUGGCGAUGAAGAUUGUUUACAUUUAAGCAUACACACGCCAAAACUGCCAAGCAGUGAAAAUGCAUUGCCAGUUAUAGUAUUUCUGUACAACGAAAAUUUUAAGAUAUCAUAUAAUGCUAGUAAAGAAUAUGGAAAUGACUUUUUCAUGAAAGAAGAAGUUAUUAUAGUUACACUUAAUCACAGACUAGGAUCCUUAGGAUUCGUAUCAUUUGAAGAUGAAAUACUUCCUGGUAACAACGGUAUAAGGGAUGUAAUAUUGGCUCUUAAAUGGAUUAAAGAUAACAUUAAUAACUUUGGUGGCGAUCCAUCAAAAAUAACUCUAAUGGGUAAUUAUGGUGGAGGAGUGAUCGUAGAUAUAUUGUUGCAUUCGCCUAAAGCGAAAGGUUUAUUUAGUGCAGCUGUAAUGCAAAGUCAGACUUCUUUCCAUCCAUUAUACUUUCCUAAUAAUCCGAAAAAAAGAGCAAUUGCUCUCGCGGAUCAACUGAAUGAAAAGGUUACAACAAGUGAAUUAUUUCUCCAACGGAUGUCUAGCAUACCAGCAAUAAAAUUAACAAGUGCAGAUGCAUUAUCACAAGACGCUGAUGAAGGUAGUAUAUUUCAAAGAGGUACCGUACAAUUUGGUCCUGUUUUAGAAAUCAAACAUGACGAUGCGAUAAUCACCGAGUUUCCAGAAAACAGUACUGUUCCGGUGUCGGUACCAGUGAUGAUCGGUUUUAAUUCCAGAGAAGCGAUAGAAUUGAGUGAACGCUUCUUACACGUGCCUGAACACCUUAGUCGUAUCAUCAGAGAUAUCCAUUUAACUUUUCCGCGCAGAGUCAACUACCGUUUCAAAGUAGAUGAUAACAUAUACCUUAAAGCGAAUAAAGACAUUAGAAAAUUUUAUUUUGACAAAGCCUCCGGAAUAAGCAAUAAACAAGGCGAGUUUAUGAAUUUAGUUGGGGACAUGAUGGUUUUUUAUCCCAUAGAUUAUACUAUACGUAAAUAUACGAGCAAUGCUGAUGCACCUGUUUACUACUACAUGUUUGACUAUAGCGGUGAAUUAAACUUCCGAAAAAAGAAAGUUUUAGAAGAAGCGAGAUCUCUAGAUGGUACGUGGGGAGCAUCUAUCGGCGAUGAAUUGUGUUAUCUAUUUGUUUGCCAGAAACACAGAAAAGUUUACAAGAAAUUAUUGGAAUCUAAGGACUCCGAAGAAAUUAAAGUGAUAUGGACAAUGGUCAAACUAUUUACUGAUUUUGCUAAAACUAGAAAUCCUACACCUCCUGGCAGUGACUUUACUUGGAUACCAGCUACUAAAGAUGAUCGAGAGUGUUUAAUAAUAAGCGAUAAAUUAAAGAUGCAGCCGAAUUUAUACCGAGACAAAGUAACAUUUUGGGACGAUUUCAUUGAAAAAUAUGAGAAACUAGCGGUAGACGGUGUAGUGAAAGACAUAAAGGAUGAAUUAUAAAUACAUAAUUAUAACAAUUUACGAGUACAAGAUCUUUUUAUUACAAAAUAUUGUUAAAAGACGUAUAUUCUUUUGAACCCAGGCCUCAUAAGAACGUCCUUGUAUUUAUAAUGUAUACCGGCAACCGCCUACAACAACUAAGAUAUUAAAUCGGUUGAUAUGUCCAUAUAAUAAUAAAUCUCUUAGAUUUAAGUGUAGUUUAAACUUUUA